UCUCACUUUAUCUCACCCGCAAACGGCUAAGUCUCAUACGUCGUCCAAGCCCAUCCACAGCAGAGGCUUCCUCCAACGUUCCUGUCCGGCCUUGUGUCACUUCGGCUCGUUCCCCGUGCUAGAUGUGACAGACCGCCUGCGACCUUCGCUCAAAGGGUUUGCAAUCGCAUGAGGUGGAGAUGUGUGGAUUCGCUGGGUUUCUGGUACACCUCUGCAGCGUCUCUAGUGAAAACAGACCACGGGCUCCGCAAACAUGGUGCGCCAAAGUAUAGUAGAAUGCUGUACCCAGUCUUUUGUGCCUUUCAGCCUACGUUCAAUGUAACGUACUGCUCAUAAAGUUGGUCCGCGGAUCCCAUCGUGACGCUGCUGCUAUCGCUCGUUUUGCAAAGCCUCAUGUGCAGGACUUGAACUUGUGCAAUGGCCGUCGAUUACUUCUCAAAUCCCCCUCCAGGCCUAGAUGUACAAGAAUCACGUACGGUGAGCAACAAUGCCACUGGAAUUGUGCUAUUCAUCUUGUCGGCCAUCUUUGUCGGAUUGCGGUUGAUCACCCGCCUCAGAUUCCAAAGGGCGGGCCUGGGUCUGGAUGACUAUCUAAUGUUCAUUGGGCUUGCCCUGAAUGCCGGGAAUCUUGCUUGUUGUAUCGCUGGAGGCUUCUUUGGAUUGGGAAAGCAUAUCUACGUUUUGACACCCUACGAGAUGCGAAAGAUAACCAUCAUCACCUUUGCAUACGUCUACAUCUACGCAUGGAGUGUCUGUACGAUCAAGUAUUCCAUCAUUGCACUCUACCGUCGCAUAUUCGGCAUGUCUUGGAUGGGAUGGUGGUGCGUAUUCCUGACCACUGGAUAUCUGAUCGCGAACCACAUUGUGCUUCCGCUGUACACGAAGCCUCUGUCGUAUUACUGGGACCAGUGGUACGGAGCCGAGGGGGUACUCCAAGUUGACGAGGCAAAGUUCUACCUUGGCAUCGGCAUCACGAAUCUCAUCGGCGACAUAUGCAUUCUCAUGGUGCCGGUCCGCAACGUAUGGAUGCUGAACAUGACCAAGACCGCAAAGGUCGCAGUGUUCUUCAUGUUUGGCCUUGGUAGCUUUGUCUGCUUCGCCUCUCUGUAUCGGAUCGUGACCAUCGUGCACCUCACCCAAACGACUGAUAUCAGCUGGGCGAAGAGCGACGUCUUCAUCUGGUCCAGCGUCGAACCGUCAAUCGGCAUCAUCUCCGGCUGUCUACCGACCUUGCGACCACUGCUGAUGUUCAUACUGCGCAAGUACUUCGGCCACGUACCGGCGCCCAGGAAGAGGCUCUCGCGCGGAGAUGGGUCGCAGCCGCUAGACACGUUAGAGACGAUAUCCAAAAAGAGCACACGGAAACCUAGUAGAAUGAACGAUCUCGAAGAAACACGUAUGGGCGAUGAGGACGACGACAACAACCAGAACGAGGGGCAGGAGGAUGAUCACUCUGCAACGGGGCGGUUGACAACGAAUGGCCAACACACGCAAGAGGGUUCUCUCAGACCUGACAGGCACGAAAUGUGCUUCACCACGACGGUCAUCGAAGGCACGGAAAGUAAGACACAUUCGAGGCACGGCGGCGAUAGCCCUGCGAGUAGGGAGGAACCAAGUGGAAUCACGGUGUCGAAAGAGUUCAAUUGGGGCGAGGGCACGCGAUGAGGAUUCCAGAUCUGCACGCUAACAGCCGUGUAUUCUUGUAACGCCUCUUUCGUCUCAUUUUCUUCUAUCGUGGCAUGGGUUAGCGUAGUAAUUCUCGUGGAUCGCCUUAUAGGGUGGAUUACAGCUGGAGUCUCCAGAACUGACUGACUGACUGACAUGGGGUGUCCAAUGUUUCCAAGUCCGGUAGUCAUUCAACGACACAGUGAUCAUGCGCUGUUUCCAUAGCGCCUUGUGAAAUUGACCAUCUCGAGUCGUUGACGACUACCGGUCGUGGAACAUGGCCAAAUGCCCCAACUAUUGGAUAACAAUAAGAUGGGAU